AUGAUUGAUGAUUCUACUGAAGAAUUAUUAAAAGGUAAGACAACUAAUGAUGAUAAUAUAGAUAGGAAAGAUGGAUUCUCUACAGCUGCUUUAUUAUUGGGUCGUUCGCCUGUAGCGAACAUUGAUAUGGAUACAGUUCAAACACCUCCAAAUUAUAAUAAUUUUACUUCAAGUGAUGAAAAUGAAAAUGAAAAUGAUGAUGAUGAUGAUGAUGAUGAUGAUGAUGAUGAUAUUUGUAACAGAUUUCAAUUCAUUCAUGUAUCUGAUAACGAUGACUUGUACAGAAAAGAAAUCCAGUAUAAUAAUAUAUUGAAUGGUCUUUAUAAAGAUAUUUCGCAAUUUUUAAAUAAAAAUGGAAUGUCCCAAUCAUUUUUAAUGUUUUUUAAAAAAUAUAUUAUUAAUUUAAUUAAUGACGGUUUUGACCCAUUAAAAGAUGAAUAUGUUUUAAAUUUAAAUACAGAAUUGAUUAAUAAUCAUGGUUUGAUGACAAAAGAAUUAGAGUUAUUAAUUUCGAAUUUUUUAAUUAAUCCAAAAAAUUUAUUAAUGAAAUUAACAAAUUUUGAAAUUAAUUCAAAUAAAUUAAUUCUAAAAAAAAAUUUUUUGAAAUGGAGAAUUUUAACAAAUACAUCAAUUUAUCAAUUUAAAUUAAUUAAAUUAUAUGAAAACUAUAUUAAAAAUAAAUUCCUUUUACAUUGGUUUAAAAAAUUUAAUCAAUUUAAUAAAAUUAAUAAUGAAAGAGCAAAUAAUGCAAAUGUUUUUAGAUUAAAAGCUUUUGCAUUUGAUAAAUUUUUAUUUAAAUAUGAUUCAAUUGAUAAAAUGGAAUCUUUAUCAAAUACUCAAUUUCUUAAUCAUAUCUUUAAAAAAAUUAAAUUGAAAAAACAAAUUUUAAAUGAAAAUUUUAAUAAAUUUAAUGAUUUAAAAAAAUCUUUAUUAAUUAAAAAAAUUUGGUUAAUUUGGAAACUUAAAAAAAGAUUAAAUGAAUUUAAUUCAAUUCCUUCACAAAAAAAAAUUUUUAUUUUAUGGUCUCAAAAAUUAAAAUCAGUUCAAAAUUUAAUUAAUACUUCUGAUAUUGCAAGAUCAGAUCAAUUGAUUUAUAUUAAUUUUAAAAGAUGGAAAAUAAUUACUCAGAAAAGAUUACAUGUUGUCACAAAAUUAAAUGAAACAGAUGGUCAUAUUAUUAAACUAAAAUAUUUUUCAAAAAUGAUUAAACAAUUUAAAUUAAUUGAAAUUGAAAAUAGUUUUAUUCAGAAAAAAAAUUCAAUGAUUAUUAAAUAUUAUCUUUCAAAAUUUUGGAAACAAAAAUUUCAAACUUUAUUACAUUAUCAUUCUUUUAGACAAAUUAAUGAUGAUAAGCUAACAAAAAAAACUUUUAUUAAUAUAAAGAAGAAAUUUUUUCUGAAUUUAAAUGCAUCAAAUUUUGAAUUGGAUUCAUUAACUAAAAAAUAUUUAAAUAAAUGGAGAUUAAAUCAUAAGGAAAAGAUAAUACAUAAUGAAAAAAAAAUUUUUUCAUUGAAAUCAACAUUCAUUAUGUGGAAACAAAAAUCAUUACGUCAAAAAAAUUACAAUAAAUAUCAACAAAAUUCAGUUCUUAAACUAUUUUUCAAUAAAUGGAAACAAAUGAAUAAAAUCCAUUUAGAUGAUAUUUCCAUUGGUGAAACUUUCCAAAUACAUUCGCAAGAAAAAAGAUUAAUGAUUAUUUGGUUUAAAAGAUUAGAACUAAAUAAUAAUAUGAAUUCUACAGCAGAUUUGUUUAGAAAUUUACAAUUAUUUAGGAUGAUUGUGGAAUAUCACAAUAAACUAAGAUCCAAGAGACUUCAAUGUGAUUCAAUAGAUAUCAGCCCUGUAAAAAUUCAUGUCUUGAAUAAAUUAUUUACUAAGUGGAAAUCACAUACAGAGGAAAAGAAAGUUUCACAACUAAAUAAUACGUUAAAAUUAUUCAACAGAUACGAACAUGAACGAUUACAAAAAAAAUAUUUCCCAUUAUUUAAGAAGAAAUUUGCUAUUAUUGGUAAACAAUAUGUCAGUAGCGCACUAACCUUAGAGAAAAGACAUCGUGGUAGAUUUUUCUUCAAUUGUGUCAUCAACAAAUAUAAAAAAUUUGAUCAUCAAUUGAAAAUGGCAUCAAAUAUUAAUGAUGAUCGUUUACUCCAUGAGUUUUUGAUACUUUGGAUUGAUAGAUAUAACAAAAAUGAAGAGUUAGACACACUAUCUUUACGUUACAUUGAUGAAAGAAAUAUUGAGAUCUUAUCGACAUACGUAAGUCAAUGGAGUAUGCAAUUUUUGAAAAGAACAAGAAAUAACGAAUCUGUUCAAGUGUUUCGAAAGAGAUGGGAUAGAGCCACUAUUAGAGGUUUACUGAUGUUGUGGAAAGAAAAAUAUGACGAGAGACGAUCGCCCAAAAAAAUUAAUGAAAUGACUCAAAAUAUUCAAGGUACACAAACACCACAACGGGUUCCUCCACAAAAUCAGGAUACUAUUCGUGGAUCUUCAAAAGUUAGGAAAUAUAAAAUGGAUGCAAGAAUCAGCCAUUAUAGGAGAGCAGGCAAAGCAAUCCCUAGCCCCAUUAAAGAUGAAAUAGGUGAAUCUAGAGGAUCACCAAACAUUAUUUCUCCUGUGAGGGCAGCACGGUUAGACUUUAAAAACAUGACAGUCUUGAGACCUAAUCAAACCGGUUACAGUCCCGUAAGAUCGAACCCCAGAAGAAGAAGUCCAGAUAGUUACAGCCAAGAAGGUUACUUGAAUGGAUCUCCGAGAGAAAAGACAUUUAAAUCAUAA